UAAUACAAAAAUGGAAUCGCAAUUGCAACACACACAUGGCCGUCACUAUGACGAACAGGAACUACCAACCGGCCAACACACCGGUCAUGAUGAAGAUGAACAACAUCAUCAUGGCGAGAAGAAAUCAGUGAUCAAGAAAGUUAAAGAAAAGGCCAAGAAGUUAAAAAACACCAUCACUAAACAUGGACAUGGUCACCAUCAUCGUGAUGACGACGACGAUGUUGAAGAAACUGUUGAAGAUCCUGAAGUCCACGGUGCCCCAAUGUAUGAUUCGGCUAGGAUUGGUUUGGGUGGUCCAGAUGCAAUAUUGGCACAUCCCAGGGGCAACUUGGAAAGGCCAUCGGUGAUGGCCGAGGAUCGUUACACGAAGCCAGUGGCUAGCCAUGAUGUCCCACCGACUGUUUCUACUACUGCCGCUUUCAGAACCAACUUGUCUCAGCAGUCCGGUCUUGGUGGUCAUCAACAUCAAGUUUAUGGUCAACAAGAUAUAAAUCCAGAAAAAUGGACGAGUAAAAUAGGACAACCAACUGCUGGGAUGGAAGAGGAAGUUCCCUUUGCCCCUAAUCCAACUAGGGUGCCCACUCCUAUUACCGAGCACACAUAUGGUACAAAACAUGCAUUUGACCCUUUUGAAAAUUGCGGUCAAGAUGCGACUCAUGGAGGAUUGAAGAGCAGUAUUGGAAAUUCGACAGGAAUGAUGAAGGAUCCUCAUGCCCCAUCAGGGCUGGGGUCUGGUUCGGAUCCUGCAAACUACGAGACUAAAGUUACUAAUCCGACACACACAGGUGGUAAGGAAGCAGGACUCUCACAAAUGCAACAUUCAUUUGACAAAAUGGGUAUCCACGAUUCUGGAUCCGAACCAAAAAGGUUUGAUCCAGACCACCCUGAAAAUCUACCGCGUGACACCCUCACAGGAAACCAGUCAAGCACUCAGAGUAGUAGCUAUACUGAGAAGAUGUCAUCAACAGCUUCAGCCAUUGCAGAGAAGGCAGCAGUUGCCAAAGACGCCAUUGCUUCAAAGCUCGGUUAUUCUGGAGAACACCCGACGACAACAGAGUCACAUGAAAACGUCAAAAACUCGGGGACCACAGCGACAGAUUAUGCGCAUAAGAUAACGGAUAAGGUGACAGAAACGUUGGCACCUGUUUAUGAGAAAGUGGUUGAUGCUGGAAGCUCAGUGAUGUCUAAAGUCCAAGGUACUGUUUCUGGAACAGGACAGCAACAAAUGCAUGGAACCGAGACUUCGAAGGGAACGGAUAAAGGGGUGUCGGUGAAGGAAUACUUGGUGGAGACUUUGAGGCCUGGGGAUGAAGACAAGGCGUUGUCGGAUGCGAUAACACAUGCUUUCAACAAAGGAAACCAGGAAGAGUCUGAAAAGAAAUCUGUAGAGGAUAGACCAAUGGGGAGAGUGACUGAGUCAGUGGAAGUUAGAACUCGCUUGGGGACUGAUCAUCCUAAAGGGCAGCAGUCAGGGAAUGUGACUGCAAAUAAGAAUGUGACAGAGCGGUUGAGUGAUGCGAUGGGUUCGUGGUUUGGGGGAAAAGGGAAUGCACCACAAGGGACUCUCGGAACGUCCUAUGUGACAGAUCAAGGAUUGUCGAAUAAUCCGACUGGCCUCGAGGACAAGGGAAGAGGCAGGGGACAGUGA